AUGUUGAUCAAGAUGUUGAAACUCAGACUCCUCAAUGCAAUUGCCCCAGCCUACUUCUACACAGCCACAGCAGUCACACUUGCACUCCAUUUUCUGCUCUUCAUUCCUACAAUUUUCCAAAACCCAGGGGUAACAAUCAGCUCUAUGACUUUGCUGCACACUGCCAUUUUUCUAUACCUGAUGCUUAACGCUCUGGGGAAUUACACAAUGACAAUAUGGUAUCCCUCUGAAAGUGCAAACGACAAUAUCAUACCAGUCUGUUCGCCAGACUGUCCAGAUAAAGUGGAUGCACACUACCUCUUCAAUGGCCGCCACUUCUGCAAACUGUGUAGAAAAGUGAUCCUAAAGCGAGACCACCAUUGUUUCUUUACUGGAAACUGCAUUGGGAAUAAGAACAUGCGUUACUUCAUUAUGUUCAGUAUCUACACAUCCUGUACUUGUUUGUACUCACUGGUUCUUGGGGUGGCAUAUCUCACUGUGGAAUAUUCAAUUUCUUUUGAGAACCCACUCACGUUUCUCACACUCCUGCCUCUUUCUACUGGAUACUUUUUCCUUGGUGUUAUCUCAGGCCUCCAGUUCUUUUUGGUCCUCAUGUUGUACGUCUGGCUGGGCGUUGGACUGGUGUCUGCUGGCUUCUGCUGCCAGCAGGUCUUGCUUGUGGCUAGAGGGCAAACCUGGUGCCAGCUACAGAAAGGGCAGCUCGUGGAGAGCCGUGGAUCGUGGCGUGAAAACCUAAGUGACGUUUUUGGUUCUCGUUGGGCACUUGGCUUCUUCCUACCUGUACGAACUGUUGAAGUCAAAUCUGAAUAUGAGCAUCAAGUCAGCGAGCACAAGCAUGACUGA